UGUGGAAGAGCAGGUCCGUUGGGAGGCACCAACUGUUCCGAUGCUCCGCUCUCCUGGCCCAGACUAUCCAAUCAGAUGCAGGUGCUUCUGGGAGCUUGCGGAGCCCCCAGGAUAGACAACCUGUUAAAAGAAUAUGAGGGGAAAGGCCGCCAUUCCUAUUUGGAAUGAAAAGCAGCCUGUUUUGAGGAGGGCUAAUCCAAUAACAAGCCAGCCUUAUUUUUCUUCUGCCUUACAACAGAAGUUGGAAGUAGCAAAAGAUAAGGAUCCUGAUUCCUCUUCCGUUUUUUGACAUCCACUUUUUUGCUGCCACCAUCCCCUGCCAUACACACAUAUAUUGAUGGAGAAAAUUGGAUCUAGAGAUUGAGCUAGACCUCUUUUCUGUUUAUUUGUCCUUUUGUUAGUUGACGGGUUACAGAGGGUUGGUUAGAAAAAGAGCAGCAAAUCACCCAUUUCUCCUACUUCCUUUGAAUGGCAGGCUAUUAAAAGUUAUUUGUUGACCUAGUGUAAUCCCUUACGUCACGGGUGUCAAACUCUCCACGUCAUGUUGCCGUCAUGUGACGUUUCACGAUGUUUUUCCCAUUCGCGGAGCUGGGGUGGGCAUGGGCUGCGCGUGACACAUCCGGCCUGCAGGCCGCCAGUUUGACACCCCUGCCCUACGUCAUUCAUGAAAAAAGACUACCAGAGGAAGGUAACUCCAUUUGCCACAAUGCCAUUCAGAGGAGAAGCACACGUGAGUGAGACUGUUGGCAGGUAUGUACUCUGCCCACUCCUCAGUGGCAAUAGGAAAUUUGACUCAUCAGAUGUUGCUGUACUUCAUGCUCUGUUGGAAGUUGUAGCUCAGUAACAUCUGGAGGUUCUCCAUCCUUCCUUUAUGUUUCAUUGCCUAGGAGAGCAGCCAGUGAUUCAGAUGGUGUAUCUGCCUCAUCUUCUCUGCACUGACAGCUUUGAAAAGUCAGGAAAAAAGCAGUAGAAGCUAUAGUCCUUUUUUAUGCUUCCUGUCCUUUUUCUUUCUUUCUUGACAGGAGGAAAGAAGGAUUGCUACUUCCCAUUUGCUGUUUUAUUGCCUUUCAUCUCCAAUGGGCUGCUUGUUACCCUUCCUUUGAAGAAAAGUGUUUAAUUAUUUUUUGCCCAAGUACAUUCACAGUAUCCUAAGGCACAACCCUUAGUUUUAAAUAUUGUAAGCUGGCCAAUGGCAGCCUAGAAUGUAUUGGAAUUGCAUAAAGGAAAUAAACAUUCCAUAUUAUAAGGAACACUCAAAAUGACUUGCAUCCAAACCACAAUAAAAUAUAAUAAAGGAGUCAUAAUCUGAAAAUAAGCUUUCAUCAUUAUCGGGUAGAAUGGAAUUGAAUAAAGGUUAUAUGAAGGAGUCUUGACAGUACAAUUAACAAAAUAUUUUUGAUGAGAUGACAAGAAAAGAACUUUGCACAGACACUUACUGUAAAGUUUGUGGGGCUAUACUGCAGUUUGAAUCGCAACGAAUAGCACACUAUGAGGGCAAAAGGCAUGCACAAAAAGUACGGCUUUAUUUACAAAUGCAUAAUGAACAAAAGGACAGGCAUAUGAAUUUCCAGGAGAAUCCAAAUAUGGACAAAAAUAUGUAUUGCAAACUUUGCAACAUGGUCUUCACAUCUCCAGUUGUUGCUCAAUCACACUAUUUGGGAAAGAUUCAUGCCAAGAAACUGAAGCAGUUGUCAGAUCAGACUCAGCCCAUACAGGAUGUUCAGUCAGAACAUGAUUCCUCUGCAAUUCCAAUUCUGCCAGAGGCAUCUCUCGAAAAGAACUUGCAACAGGAUGUUGAUUCUGAGGACCUAUAUUCAUCCUGUAGAACUGCUUUGGAUUUUGAUGAUCCAGAUAAAUAUUGCAAACUCUGCUCUGCACCCUUCAAUAACUCGUUUAUGGCCCAUCAACACUAUGUAGGCAAAAAGCACAAAAGAAAUGAAUUACGUAAGAAAUUGGUAGCUGAGAUUGGAACUCAGGCUAUCCCCCUGGAGUCCAAACCCAAUGCACUUGGCGUGGGCAACUAUGUAUGCACAACAUGCAAUAUCAGCCUCACAUCCAUAGAGAUGUACCAGUCACACAUGCAAGGAAUUAAACAUCAGGUUAAAGAAAAUAUGAUUGCCACUUCUUUGAUGAAGAAUUCCAAUAAUACAAACAGUUCAUUCCAAGAUGAAUUGGCAGACUACAUCAAAGUACAAAAAGCAAGAGGACUGGAACCAAACAUUAAUUUUAGAAACUCUGAGCAAAAAAUGUGUGAAGCUAUUAAUGGUCAUGAGGAGACCUUUGCAUCUGACCAAGGUUUUCUUUCAAGAAAUGUUUAUGAACCAAAUCAGCAUUCCACCUUUUUUCCAGAAAUGGACACAUUUUCAUAUUCAGUUGGAAGCAGAUCACCACACCCACCAGUGCAAAAAUACCCAGUAAAGCUAAAAAAUGUAUGUACGUACAGUACAGACAGUGAUUCUGAAAAGCAAGUGCCUCAGUUGACUAUCUACAGAAAUGACAGCUAUAAACAACUAUCGGCCGAAUCUACUAAUAGCUACAAGUCUUUGUUUUCAAAGAAUAGCUCUAAUGCUGACAAGGGAAGCCGUAAGCUGCCAAAGAAAUCGAGAGCCAAAAAAGAACGGCCACAAGAGGGAGAAGGAGAUCGUUCAACUCUUAAAAGAGCAGGAGACAAUCAAGAUACAGAUUUGGAAAAAGAUGGUAAGAAGAAAAAGAAAAAAAAUCAUAUAGAUUCAAUAGCUGGGUCAAAAUCAAAGCACAGUAAAGUAAAGGGAAGUAAAGAGGGUUCUUCUGAAAAGAAAAGCAAAAGACACAAGAAGGAGAGAAAGAAACAUGAAAUCAGUGGAACUACAGAAGAGGACAUGCUAUGGAAUGAAUCUGUCUUGGGAUUCUAAUUAACUUUCUGUUUAUUGUUGCUUGAAGCUUGACACAGUUUUUUUAAUGUUUUAUUUACUGGCUAUUUUUAAAGUUGCUACUUCAGAAAUAAUGAGUGAAGGAGAUGGAAAUCAUUAGGGAAGAAAUUGAAGAAAUUCUCCAAUAUGAUUUAGAGUAUCAUUUAUAUUUAAAAAAUGCUUCUACCCAGAACAAGACUGAAUAUAGGAGAAAAUAUUUCACAUUUGAUACAGAAGCAUAUAACUUCUUAAGUUCCAUUAAGUACGUAUUGUUGUAAACUUUAACAGAGAAUAUAAAAAUAUGAGACAGGGCUGGAUUGUACCCUAAAGUAGAUAUUUUUUUCUUCCUGCAGAUAAUAAAGAAAAAAAGCAUAUAAGAGAUAA